AUGUCCUCCGCCGUAAAUACGUCGUCUUUCCCUCCGUUUCGUCGAUUUCCCAAAGAGAUCCGUCUUUCCAUCUGGGAACGCACAAUUCCUGAGCCGCGCAUCGUUCACAUCAUUCAAGAUGCAGCCACACGAGCAAUGAAAUCAUACACUUCGAUCCCUGCUAUUCUCCGCGUCAAUCAUGAAUCGUUCUCUGUCGCUUCGCAAAUUUAUCGCCGCGCAUUUCGUUGCAGCAAGCCUGGACAGGACAAACCAGAUGAGGAUACAUCAUAUGUAUGGUUCGACUUUGAACGAGACUUCUUACUUAUCGAUUACAAUAUGACUGGUCAGCUUUGGGCGUCGCCAGAGGAUCAAUUGGCCAAUAGCACAAAUCCUCUUCUAUAUACUACCGUGAGGUGGAUUCCGGAUGACGACGUGAAGCGCAUCAGAAACUUGGCUUGGUAUUCGAAUCCAUCCCAUAUCGCCCAAAAUGAACAUAUCUGGAAGUUGUUUACUGAGUUGGAGAAGUGGUAUAUGGUCACAGAACUCAUGGGAUCUGGAAAUGUAGUUGAGCCACGCAACAUCCGCAGCUCAGUAACUUCCCUUCGCAAGAUUGCCGAAUAUAAUCUUACACCUUCAUACGACUUGUCAUUCUCGAGUGUAUGGGGCGAGGAACAUGUCGAUGUACAAGCAUGUAUUAGAUUGUUCGAGCGCGCAAAGAUGGCGCAUCGGCCUAUGCUGGGACCUCGAAAACUUCCUUUUGAUUCCAAUAUUCCCCUCAAGCAGCUGAGGCGGGCAAUGAAAUGCUACAUUGAUCGGUGGCACUCUAAUAGGACACCCUUGGGAAUUCACAUUGACUACAGAGUCAUGAUCAACCCUAGCCUUAAGAAUAAGUUCAUAGAAGACAAAAAACGCUAUGAGUCGUAUAUCUUGCAGAACAUCGAGAAGCACGAGGAACACAAGGCUGAAGAGUGCGAUUGCGAAAUCACAGAAGAAAACUGGCUCGGCGAAUCCAGAUCUAUGACAGGACAAUUAAAAUGGAUAUCCGCCACUAGCGUGAGGUAA